AUUCCGCUUGAAGUUCGGCAGGCGCUUCCAAAACAACGCAACCAGCAGAUUUGCCUGAGAUUUCUAUCUGCCCAAGGCUGCCGGGGAAAGAACGGCAACUGUGUAAUCAAGCAUCUUUGCCAUUUCAAGCCGGCAGCGCUGCCGGAAAUUGUACGCGACUUCCUUACCAAGAAUUACGGAGGCCUUUCCGCAGACAUACAG